GGCGAUGGCGGGUUCGCAGCAUGUGAGGCCUGACAGCGACCUGGAGAACAAGUCGGGGGGAUGUUUCUGGUGGUCUAGUCUCAGAAACUUUAUCUCCAGUAUCCACCAUGAUUCUCUUCCAAGCCCAGUGGUGCCCAGUUGCCUCCAGGCUUCAGACUCCUAUAUGGACAAGAACAGCUUGCUAAGGAAAUGGUAAUUCUCCAGUUGCUCCCUGAGGUGUUAAGUGUCCAGUUGCAGCCCAUGGAGAUCCACUUCGAUUCUGAAUCUCAGGAACACCACCUUCUGUCAGAUGGUGAGACUAAGACCAAGAUUGGAGAGGUGGCUUCAGAGGAGGAAGUUACAACAAAAAUCAAAUCAUUGCCUGAAGAGUCUGGCAACCCCAGAGAUGAUGUUCUCCAGGAUUCUGAAAGCAGAGGAUUCUGUGAAUUUGGAGAUAAAUUAAGUGAAAAGGAUCAAAACCUCUUUAAAAAAAGACAACACAACUGUGAUGAAUGUGGGCAAAGCUUUGCUUGGAGUACAGGCCUUAUUAGGCAUCGAAGAACCCAUUGGGAGAAACCCUAUGAAUGUGAUAAGUGUGGAAAGGCUUUUAGUGUGAGCUCAGCUCUGGUUCUGCAUCAGAGAAUUCAUACUGGGGAGAAACCCUAUCCUUGUACUUGGUGUAUUAAAAGUUUCAGUCGGAGCUCAGAUCUUAUUAAACAUCAAAGGGUACACACUGGUGAAAAACCUUAUAAAUGUGAUGAAUGUGGGAAAGCCUUCAGUCAGAGUUCCGAUCUUAUUAUCCAUCAGAGAAUCCAUACAGGAGAAAAACCCUAUCAGUGCAGUCAUUGUAGUAAAAGUUUUAGUCAGCGCUCAGACCUGGUUAAGCAUCAGAGAAUCCAUACUGGAGAGAAGCCUUACACAUGUAACCAGUGUAACAAACAUUUUAGUCAGAGUUCUGAUGUUAUUAAACAUCAAAGAAUCCACACUGGAGAGAAACCAUAUAAAUGUGAUGUGUGUGGGAAAGCCUUCAGUCAGAGCUCAGAUCUUAUUCUGCAUCAGAGAAUCCACACUGGGGAGAAACCUUAUCCAUGUAAUCAGUGUAGCAAAAGUUUCAGCCAGAACUCAGACCUUAUUAAACAUCGUAGGAUUCACACUGGAGAGAAACCCUAUAAAUGUAAUGAAUGCGGUAAAGCUUUUAAUCAGAGCUCAGUCCUUAUUCUGCAUCAGAGAAUUCACACUGGAGAGAAACCCUAUCCAUGUAAUCAGUGUAGCAAAACCUUCAGUAGGCUUUCAGAUCUUAUGAAUCACCAGCGAAUUCACACAGGAGAGAAACCUUACCCGUGUAGCCAGUGCAGUAAAAUGUUUAGUCGAAGAUCGGACCUUGUAAAACAUCAUAGAAUUCAUACAGGUGAGAAGCCCUAUGAAUGUGAUGAAUGUGGGAAAACCUUCAGUCAGAGCUCAAAUCUUAUUCUACAUCAGAGAAUCCACACUGGAGAGAAACCCUAUCCAUGUAGUGAUUGUACUAAAAGUUUUAGUCGUCGUUCUGACCUUGUUAAACAUCAAAGAAUACAUACUGGAGAGAAGCCAUAUGGGUGUAACCAGUGCAGUAAAAGUUUUAGUCAAAGCUCAGACCUCACUAAACAUCAGAGAGUGCACUCUGGGGAAAAGCCCUAUCAUUGUGAUCAUUGUGAGAAAGCCUUCAGUCAGAGUUCUGACCUUAUUCUUCAUCAGAGAAUCCACACUGGAGAAAAACCAUACCCAUGCACACAGUGCAACAAAAGUUUCAGCCAGAACUCAGACCUUAUCAAACACCAGAGAAUCCACACUGGGGAGAAACCAUAUAAAUGUCAGGAGUGUGGAAAGGCUUUCAGUCAGUGCUCAGCUCUUAUCCUACAUCAGAGGAUCCACACUGGGGAAAAACCAUAUUCAUGUGAUCAGUGUGGCAAAAGCUUUAGUCGGCGCUCCGAUCUCAUUAACCAUCAAAGAAUCCACACUAGUGAAAAGCCCUAUAAAUGUGAUGCAUGUGGGAAAGCCUUCAGCACAUGCACUGAACUUAUUGAACACCAGGGAAUCCACACCAGGGAGACACCCCACAGGUGUGUUCAUUGCAACAGAAGUUUUAGCCAGCUCUCUGAUCUUAUUGAUCAUGAGAUAAUCCAUUCUGGGGAAGACAGUCUAAAUGUGAUGAAUGUGGGAGAAGCUUUAGAGUAUACACCAACUUUAUUCAGUACUGGAGACACUAGACCAGAAAAAAGUCUUAGAAAUGCUAUUGAGGAUUAUGAAAAAGGUUUUAAUCAAUGCUCAACUCUUGUGCUACAUUAAGAAAAAAACACCACUGGACAGGAAAUUUUUACAGUGAAGGUUUAACUGAGAGCUCAGACAUUACUAAACUUAAAAAUUCUGAGGAGGAAUCCUGUAAUUGGGAAAAACUUCAAAGUGAAUAAAAAUAUUACUGAAUGUCAGCAACAAUGGAAAAGAUUUUCUGUCUAUGAUGUAAAAAAAAAGAAAAAAAGCCCUUUAGUCUUUUAUUCAAAUACAAUCCACAAGGGAAGAGUUUUAUGAUUAUAAGAAAUGUGUAACAAUAUUAAUGCAGAACCUAUUCAGAUAUUGUAAAAGUCAGUGUGAUGGGUCUGCAAUCAGAACUCAGAAAGAAAUGUGCUAAUAUAAUCUCAAACCUUUAGAAAGCCCUAAUUACCCAUUGCAUAUCAGAGAGGUCACUUUAGCAAGUGUAGGGAAAGCUUAAUUCCCUUCCAUAUGUUAACUGGCAUUCACU